GCUUUUACGCGCGAGGCAGUGAACUGUAUAUUUAACACGGCCUGGUUUGGGAUUCGGCCCUAGUUAGUUGUAAACCACUGUUUUGUUAGGAUGUUAGACAACAAUGGAGAGGGGCUUCAUGUAGCAGUUAUAGCUGUAAAGUUUAGUAAAGUUACAUUUAUAUGUAAAUAUAUGUAUAGUAUAUGUUUUAUCUAAAUUAAACAUUACAUGGAAAGCUUAGAGGCGCUUUUUCCGUACCACGGAUAAACAGCAGCGAGCUAAGGUUGCUAACUAUCCGUUACGGUGAGCUAACUCGCAGACAGCAGUUCUUAAACUGGAUUGUUCGCCCCGGUUAGGCUCUGAGGAUAAAGUAAAACCGAACAUCAGCGGCUCCUAAUCAGAUCGUGUUCAGAAUGGACGUGAAUUUGACUAUUUCUCUGAUGAGAGGUCAGAUGGGGGUGGUGAUUGAAAAGGCCGUGAACGCGGCGGUGGAGACGGUGUUGGGGGAGAUGAUCCGGGUGAUGAGCCUCAAAUUUGAACAACUGCGAAGAGAAUUAACGACCAAAGAGAAGGAGAACGAGGACAUCAGGAAGAUGUUAGAAUCCACUCGGUGUCAGAUGAAGGUCCUGCGGCAGAAAUAUGUUAAUGCACUGAACACUAAGGAUGAUAGACAUGCGCCACACAGACACACACUUGGUCAGAUUAACGCAGCCAGACAGGCAGCCGGUCAUCUGGACGCAAACAGACAGGCAGCCGGUCAUCUGGACGCAAGCAGACAGGCAGCCGGUCAUCUGGACGCAAACAGACAGGCAGCCGGUCAUCUGGACGCAAACAGACAGGCAGCCGGUCAUCUGGACGCAAGCAGGCAGGCAGCCGGUCAUCUGGACGCAAGCAGGCAGGCAGCCGGUCAUCUGGAAGCAAGCAGGCCGGCAGCCGGUCAUCUGGACGCAAGCAGACAGGCAGCCGGUCAUCUGGACGCAAGCAGACAGGCAGCCGGUCAUCUGGACGCAAGCAGACAGGCAGCCGGUCAGUUGGAUACAACCAGAGCUCACCAGAUCACGCCUGAUCAUGGACUACCACUGAGAAGACGCUCUUCAAACACAGGAUCACCCAGUGCUGAACCUCUCACACUUUCUCUCAAACCCCGGAACCCUGAUCCAGCUCAUACAGCACUACCCGUCCCUAAAACUCAUAAAGUGACCCAUGAACCUGUCCCUACUGAGAGUUGCCAAAAUGCUGAAAUGCACAAUGAGGAGGUGCCAGAAUUAAAACUACAUCUGGGAUUGAAAGUGGAGAACACGUGCAGCCUCGCACAAGAGUGCAGCGAUCCUCUAUGGGGUCAAACACCUCAAAAGACCACAGAAGCUGAACACACUGAAGUCACAGACCCAAACCUUCUCCCUGUUGCUCAUACAAUCGAGGCACUGAACUCGGCUAUAACAGACACCAGCCAACCUGUUUUAAAGAUCAAACAGGAGGAAGCCGAGGUCGAGAUCGUCGAGGUGAAGGAGGAGCAAGCUGAGCCGUCCACUUCAGAGCUUCCUAAGAUCGAACUACACCAGCAUUUGGCUGGAGCAGGAGUGGCCAUAGAGCUGCAAGUGCCUCAACAGUGUGUCCAGAUACCUUCAGGGACUGAACCUGCUUUCAUGGGUGUGGACCCAAGUGCAUAUACUGAGUCUCAGCUGACUGUGGCAGAUACACAGAGGCAGCUGCAUCCUUUCUGCAAAGACCUGAUGCUGUAUGAAGAUUACAAGCGAAAACGUAUAGAAGUGCGUAAACGCAGCGAGACCCGACGGCGCGAGCUGGAGCGGACGCUGCCACAGGCUCUACUGGCCGACCUGGUGAAGGAACGCAGGGAAAAGACCCGUCUCAGAGUGGCCCGCUGGAGAGCCAAACGCAAGUUGCAGGCCUGCCUGAUGGCACAGGCAGCACAGUUUAACAGCACACAGGCUUUCUACACUCAGCGCAACGGCAGGGGGAGGGGAGGCGCCGGCCCACAACAGGGGGGCAUCGGUCUCGGUACAGCUCAGUCUGAGUCUGGUGUGUACACCAUGCCACUGCAGAUGGGCACCAAUCCUUUACUGGCAGCACAAAGACUCGGCAUGGCCGAAGGUCAAAUGCAGCCUGGAGCCUCUGUGUUUGUACAGCAGAGAACUUCAGCAGCCGGAACUGAGAACUACCAGUAAAAUUGGGAAAAACAAGUAUUGUAAUAGGACUUUUACCAUGAAAUAGUAACAAGUUGAACCAUGCAACAAGAAUCCAAUACUGGCUUUAGAUGUUUUAGUUGCAAACAAAACACAUGCAUUGGAUGAGAAUCUGACUGAAUUGUUGACUGAAUUCUGACUAGAAGGACAAAUAUGUGAGAAAAAAAAUUCUGAGAUCCUGAGGAUUUAAAAAAUACAUUUAACCAGUAGCAAUGAACAGGACCUUAAUCGUAAUUCUUACUCUUGAAGUCCAUAUGUGUGGUUUUAUGUACCUAUUCAUAUCUCAUAUUGUAAUUUAUCUCACCUUUUCACCAGCCUUCCUUUAUUACUUACAAUUAAACAGUUUUUUUUUUUUAUCAGUGCGUCUUUAGGACUAAUAUUUUCAAAUCUUGUCUGUCCUGAUUGGUUAACCACAUAUCCUAGAUUAUAAUACACUGUGAUGAAUAAUAGUCUAAUGAAUGUAUCCUUGAAGAUGCACAUUAUGUAGGACAGGUUUUUACAGCAAAAUCUCUCUUCACCAUCCACAUGUUGCAAGAAAAUGCUUGGAAAUCCAAUUUAUAUGUCCGUAAAGUGCCAAUAAUAAAAUGAUUGUGAUACGAUAA